AUGGCGGAGAAGGGUGUCUUCGAUAGAUCCGACAACGAGAAAUCAACGUCAUCACCACCGGCCGCUCGGUCGUAUUUUCCCCCUAGUCAACGCCAAGUCCAUGACUCCAAUGUGACUUUCGAGGAAUACUACUACUAUGCGCAGCGUACCCGUGAAGAACAACGACAGCUACAAUCUCCGCAAUGGCAAUGGCGCACCGUCUUUUCUUCACGAAAGAAAACUGCAGAUCCUGCAGAAGAGGAGCGUGAAUCUAAGCCACACGCUGGUGGAGUCGUUACCGAAGAAGAAUGGUCAAACGCGAGUCGAGCAUUCCGUACGGCUUCAUGGGGAGCAGUAUUCUACCUGAUCACCACCGAUAUCCUUGGCCCGUUUGCUGUUCCGUUCGCCAUCGGUACCCUAGGUUUCGGCCCAGGCUGUGGCAUCUUCACAGCCUUCGGAAUCGUCAGCGUAUACAGUGGGUAUCUGAUCUGGAGGAUCUUCAUGGGAGUCGACUCGCACGAGUUUCCAGCGCGCAACUAUGGUGAUCUAGCGUUCCGAGCAUGGGGAACAAUCGCUCGCCAUGUCGUUAACGUCCUCCAGGCAAUCGCCCUCCUCCUGCUUCUGGGUCAAGUCACAAUCCUGUUUGGUCAAAACAUUUCCGAGAUGUCCAAAUACCGCAUCUGCUACAUUGUCUGCCCCUUGAUAUUCGUCAUCAUCGGAUUUUUCUUGACUCAGAUCCGUACCUUGAGGAACUACGGGUGGAUUGCCAACUUCGGAUUCUGGCUCAACAUUCUUGCAAUCUUUGUCUCAAUGGGAGCUACAGCGCACAAUCCGCCCAAUUUUGCAAUUGCGACCUUGGGAUCAGUCGGAAGUACAAUUGACCCCACGACCAUCACCCCUGUAAACGGUGUCUAUCCUCCUACAGUGCACUAUGGAUCUCUUCCUACAUCGAAUCUCCUCGGAGCUGUCAAUGGCAUGCUCUCAGGAGUAUUGGCAUAUGCGGGUCUUCAGCUCUUUGUCGAGUUCAUGGCAGAAAUGAAAAGACCUCACGAUUUCCUCAAAGGCAUGUUUGUCGCUCAAGCUGUUAUCUACGUGGCUUAUGUCGUCUACGGUUGUUUCAUCUAUUACUAUCAAGGACAGUACACUUUCAAUCCCGCAUACCUCGGGGUUUCCAAUUAUGGAUGGCAGACAGUUGGCAAUACACUCACCCUCAUAAGUGGUCUAAUCGCCGCAGGUCUAUAUGGAAACAUCGGCAUCAAAGUCUUUUACAACAACGUCCUAGUCGACAUCUUCAGAGCUCCAUUGAUGACCACUAAACGAGGAAAGUUCUUUUACGCUGCAAUUGUCCCGAUCUGGUGGUCGAUCGCAUUCAUCAUCGCAGCCGCGAUUCCAGCAUACGUCUACUUCGUCGGCGUCAUGUCCGCGUCCUGCCUGCUGAAUCUAUCAUACACAAUUCCGCCGUGGAUCGCGCUUGGUUACGAUAUCAAGAAGCACACCCUGGGUACAUUUGAUCCUGCGAUAGGUCGAACUUCUCGAGGUAUGACUGGCGUGAAUCGGUACAUUCGCGGAUUCUGGUCUGGAGGUAUUCUUCAAAUCUCAAUCAACGUCUGGCAUGUGUUGUAUUUCCUGGCCUCCCUCGGAAUGUGCGGACUGGGAAUGUGGGCUUCUAUCCAAGGCAUGAUCGAUGCGUUCAAGAUUCCAGAAGUCAACUCAUUCACUUGCACAUCCCCGUUGAACAUUAAUGGAGGCUAA